CUCUAGCGCCCAUGCAAGAGUUGUAGGAGGAACAUUAGUACACUUAGGAAUUCAAUAGUAUAUCAUGAAGAUCUGCGAUCUCUAGAGGACUUCAACACAUUAUUUUAUCAAGUUCGGUACUUGGUGAAAUUUGAAACUUGGUGCCAUUUUAUGAAAUAUAUUUACUAUUUGGUUAUGUUGAUCUUUUCCAUUUUCUUGUUUAAAAUUUGUUCAAUAUAAGACGUUUCAGCUUUUAUUCAAUGUAUUUAAUGUACAUUCAUCAUCAAAGGCAUUUUGGUACUUGCUUCAGCCGCAAGGCUUCUUUUCUUCAGGGAAACCAGCUAGCUGGCUCAAUGUCCUCAGCUUUUCUGCCACAGCUUGUCCUGGUUCCUGACGCCACUGAUGGUGGAGCGAAAAAAACACGACAGAAAAGCAACGGAGGUAACAGUUAACAAAUACUACACGAUCAAUUCGACACAACUACCUCCCAAGUACGAAGAGAAACAUGUCGAAAGUUAGAAGCUUAUAUACCAAGGGGGAAGGCACAUGAUAUGGGAACUUCAAGUAGAAACAUUAACACAGGAGUAGAGAGCAAGUAAAGCCUCACUCACAAACAAGCAAUGAAUAAGAUGUUUGCCCCAAAGCCCAAGCUACGAACAUUAUAUGGUUUGUUUCUCUGCAGCAAGUCCACAAAACACAGUGACACAGACGAGACAGCUUGUCGAGGUCUACGAGAGGGGUUUUAAAGUUCGUGAGAAACAACAUUGAAAAAAAAGGAGGGGCAACCAGGUGAGAAGAACAUGGAAGAGUUACAAACCCAGGGUUCUCAGUCAAGCCCUCAAGGCUGCGGGAGAGUUGGUUGCAGAACUCGACCUGUUUCGCGUGUUUGUCGUUGCAUCAAGCAUUGUGUUAAGGGGGAAGUAGUGAUUACUCAGAACCAGGGGCAAUCAGGUCCUGGGAAAUCAGCAUCAGUGCAACUUUACAGCAGCACCAAAGUUGAUCCAAGCACAGGGGAAGGGAAGCUGAGCCGAAGAGCUUACCUGAGACAUGGAAAGAGCAAGAAGAAGGACGGCGUAAAAACGACCGUAUACAAGAUGAAGUUGUGGGUGGAGGCAGAUUUUGGAACUCCAGGAGCACUCCUCAUUGCCAACCGUCACAAGCAUAAGUUCUUUCUCGAGUCUGUUAACGUUGAAAUUCCAAAUCAGCAUAUUCAUUUCGACUGCAGCUCUUGGGUAUAUCCUGUGGACAAGACAAAAUCAGAGCGUCUUUUCUUCUCAAACACUAGUUACCUCCCAGGCCAAACACCUCCAGCUUUGGUGGAGUUGAGGAAGUCAGAACUUGUGAGCUUGAGAGGAGAUGGAACUGGGGAGAGGAAGGAAUGGGAUAGGAUCUAUGACUAUGAUUUCUACAAUGAUUUAGGUCAUCCAGACAAAGGCUGGCAACAUGCUAGGCCCAUCUUAGGUGGUUCCAGAUGGCAUCCAUACCCUUGCAGGGGAAGAACAGGGAGGCCUUCUAGCAAUGCAGAUCCAUUGGCUGAGAGCCGCAGCGAGUCAAUGAAACUGGACAUAUACGUGCCCUCAGAUGAGCAGUUUAGCCCUGCAAAACUUUCAGCCUUCCUUUCAAACUCCAUUGAGGCUACAGUUCAUUUUCUUGCCUCUGAAGCAAAAGCUUUGUUAAGAGAUGACUCUAGUGACUUUAGGUCGUUUGACGACCUACGUGAGUUGUUCUCUGGCAAGAGAAGCCAAGCAGUAGAGGAAAAAGUUGCAGAGAAACUGAAGAAAUUAGUACCCUAUGAUCUUUUCAAAGAAGUCACAAACAGAAGCAAAGAAGAUACCACCAAAUUUCCACUACCACAGAUCAUAGCAGAGAAUGAUAUUGCCUGGAUGGACGACAUGGAGUUUGCACGACAAAUGCUUGCAGGGAUAAAUCCAACAAGGAUACAAUGUUUACAGGAAUUCCCCCCAAAAGGAAAACACUCAGUGAGCACAAUCAAGGCAUCAGACAUUGAAGAUAACCUUGAUGGUUUGAGUCUUAUCCAGGCAAUGGAGCAGUGGAGGAUAUUCAUCUUGGAUCACCAUGAUUACCUCAUGCCCUUUGUGAGCAGAAUAAAUGCCAAUGGUGUUUGUGCUUAUGCAUCGAGAACCUUAUUAUUUUUAAGAAGCAAUGCCACACUAAAGCCGCUGGUAAUAGAACUAAGCUUGCCUGGAUUCUCCAGAAGGACCACCAGCAGCCGAGUGUUUCUUCCAGCCAGUCAGGGCACUGGAGCAGCACUCUGGCAAUUUGCUAAAGCUCAUGUUACGGCCAAUGACUCAGCUCAUCACCAACUAGUCAGUCAUUGGUUGCACACUCAUGCAGUUGUUGAGCCAUUCAUCAUUGCGUCCCGAAGGCAGUUGAGUGUUAUGCACCCCAUCCACCGCCUAUUGCAUCCACAUUUCAAAGACACCAUGCACAUUAAUGCACUAGCUCGAAAUCUCCUAAUAAACGCAGGUGGGAUCCUCGAGCAAACACUAUUUACUGGUGAAAUUUCUAUGGAGCUGUCUUCUGAGCUUUAUAAAGAGUGGAGAUUCAAUGAACAAGCUCUCCCUGCUGAUCUUCUAAAAAGACGACUGGCCCUACAAAACCCUGCCCAUCCAAGCGGGGUCGAGCUGCUCUUCCCCGAUUAUCCCUAUGGUGCAGAUGGACUUGAAAUAUGGCAAGCUAUCAAAACGUGGGUAACAGACUUCUGCACAGUUUUCUACAAAGACGAUGACUCUGUUAGGUAUGACGUGGAAAUUCAAGCAUGGUGGUCAGAAAUCCGAAACAUUGGUCACGGUGACAAGGCCCACGAGCAAUGGUGGUUUAACAUGACAACCAUAUCUGAACUCGUAGAGACUCUAACAACUCUCAUUUGGAUUGCAUCUGCUCUUCAUGCAUCUGUGAAUUCUGGGCAGCAUGCAUAUGCCGGUUACCCUCCAAAUAGGCCAAUACAAUGUCAAAGGUUCAUCCCAAGAGAAGGGACACCCUUAUUUGCUGAGUUCCUAAGAGAUCCUGAUAAAUUUUACGUGGAUAUGUUGCCAGGAAGAUUUCAGAUGACACUUGGUAUAGCAUUAACAGAGGUUUUAUCACGCCACACAUCAGAUGAGGUGUACCUGGGAUGCAGGCCACUAAACUGGACAGACAACAAGGAAGUCAAGCAAAAGUUCAAGAAAUUCAGCGAUGCUCUUCAAGAAAUAGAGAAGAAAAUAGUUCAAAGAAACAGAAAUCCAGAGUUGAAGAAUAGAUGUGGACCUGCAAAGAUGUCAUACAAAUUCCUUUACCCAGGGACAUCUAACACCAGAGCCAGAGGGGGGCUCGGUGCAGAAGGGAUACCUAACAGCAUAUCGCUCUAAGUAACUUUGUUGCACAUACCUGCAACUAGAAACAAUGACUUGCGGUACCAUAAAAAUGAUUUAACAUCAGAGUUAAAUGAAAAAAAACCUUGUGAACUCAAAAUUGCAAUCCCAAUAAUCUCUCGUCUCGGUUCUCAAUUCAGGAUCACAUGCUUUGGAGUUUUAUGGAUCUGCAGUUUACAGGAACUCAAAACACAAUACCAUCAAACCAAUAGCCUGACAGGUAGAGAUAGAAAUGGAGACAUUUUAUAAAAAGGCAGACCAAAC